CACGGGGGCACGACAUGGGCAUCUUCAGUUGGGUACCAGCUGAGCUUAAAACUUGGCUCCUGGGGAAGCGGGGAUUAGGUGUUUGGGUGUGGGACUGUAUGUUUGGGGGGUGAUUUAAAUGGCUCUGGAACUUGAGGCUGUUACAGAAAAUACCCAAGCUGCCCAGAUCUUUUCACUGAAAUCUAAAGCGCCAUGAGAAAGGCUAUCAUUGGCUAGGCUCCCAGGUCUUUCAAACAAGCAAAAAGGUGGGGGUGCAAACCCCGCCCAAGCCCCAGACGGAUGGAGCUGGCACCAAGGACUUCUGGUCAACCCCAGGACAGCAGGCCAGGCACGUCAGAGGGUGCAGGAGCGCAGCGGCCCACCGCCUCCAGGGACCCCGGGUCGGAAUUAGGGUCCAGGUGGGAAGCAGACGCGGAGCCGGGGAGAAGCACGAGCCGAGGAGAAGAGUCUAGAGAGCUUAAAUCCGGGAGAAGAGGCACAGUGUCUCCGGGCGGAGCGGAUUUCGCCUUGCGCGUCCAGCGCACGGCCGGGCGCCUUCAGAGCCCGGAGCCCGGCGUCCUCUCCGAGGGGGCGCACUGGCCACCCGCGCCGCGCCCUUUGUCCAGCGCCACCUGCCCCUUCAGCAGCGUCAAGGAAGGGUCUCCGGUCAAGGACUGGGAUCUACGGCCAUGGCCGAGGCCACAGAGCCGGAGGGGGGCGCCCCGGGUCCCCAGGGGCCGCCAGCGGGCUCGGCGCUUCUGGCGGAGAGACUAGGCGAGCAGGAGGCCGCCGGCCCGGAGGCGGAGGGGGAGGAGGCCGGCGAGGGCGCCGAGGGGGCGCAGCGGGCCGAGGGGGCGGACGCAGCCGCGACGGCCGCGGGGAAGAAGGGAGAAGGCGCGGGGUCGGCCGGAGGGCGCGCGGGCGAGCUGGCGCCGGGCGCGGGCGGGGACGUGGGGCCCGAGACGCAGGGCGCGCGGGCUGCGCAGGGCGAGGCGGAGGCCGGGGAGGGCGUCCCUGCGGGCCCCGAGGCACCCCCGGGAGGGGAAGCGGCGAGCGGCGCGGAGCAGGUGGAGGAGGCGAGCCCCGAGCGCGGCGCGCAGAGCGAGGCCGCGGAGGAGGCUCAGGGGGAGCCCGGGGACCCCGCGGCUCCCGAGGCGGAGGGGGAGGCGGAGCGCGGGCCGGAGGAACCGGGAGGCGGUGCGCCCGGGGCGCCGGGGGCAAGCAUGGACGCGGAAGGGCCGGCGGAAGGGCCGGAGGGAGGGGCGCACGGGGCCCAGGGUGAGCCCCGGGACGGAGGGCACCGCAGCCCCCAGCCGCAGGCGGAGGCGAUGGAGGCCGCAGUGGUGGAGAGCGAGGAGCACAGCCCCGGGGAGCUAGCGGCGGAGCCUCGGGGUGCAGCGGGGGAGGCGGGGACCCCCAGGGGAGAGGAGUCGGAGGAAGCGGCUCCCGGGGAAGGGAGGGCAGACGCUGGCGAGGACGGGGACCAGAGUGGGGCCCAGGAGGAGAUGGAAGAGGCAGAGAAGGAGAGGCGAGAGCAGGGUCUGGAGGAGCCAGGCCAGGAUGCUACAGCCGGGAACGAGAAGGAGCCCCUCGAAGGCAGCGCGGAUGGGGAGGCGGCCACGCCGACGGGGGCCGCGGAGCCGGAGGCCGAGCUCAGCAACCACCUGGCGGAGGAGGGCAGCGUCGAGGGCGGCGACGAGACUGCGGCGCGAGUGAACGGCGGCGGGGAGGACAGCGAGGCGUCGGAGGAGGGGGCCCCGGGGCAGGAGCACGACAUUACUCUCUUUGUGAAGAAAUGGACGUCACGGGUUAAGUGUGACUGCGUUUUGGUCAUUGAAGUCCGGCUGAGUGUGGUGCCUGGAGUCUGGGAUGCGAGGAGUGUGUCCAAGCCGCCUCUCCGCCUUUCCAGCAGCGUUUUGUUCACACUACAACCGUGUCAGCCAUGUGGGGAGUGGAGAAAGGCUGGUUGCGAUGGUGAGAGUAUUGGAAAUUGCCCAUUUUCUCAGCGUCUCUUUAUGAUACUCUGGCUGAAGGGCGUUAUAUUUAAUGUGACAACAGUGGAUCUGAAAAGGAAACCCGCGGACCUGCAGAACCUGGCGCCCGGAACAAACCCUCCUUUUAUGACUUUUGAUGGUGAAGUCAAGACAGAUGUGAAUAAGAUCGAGGAGUUCUUAGAGGAGAAAUUAGCUCCCCCGAGGUACCCUAAGCUGGGAACUCAACACCCUGAUUCUAACUCCGCAGGAAAUGACGUGUUUGCCAAAUUCUCAGCAUUUAUUAAGAACACCAAGAAGGAUGCACACGAGAUUUAUGAAAAGAACCUGUUAAAGGCCCUGAAGAAGCUGGAUAAUUACUUAAAUAGCCCUCUGCCUGAUGAAAUAGAUGCCGACAGCACUGAGGAAGUUGCUGUUUCUGGAAGGAAAUUCCUGGACGGAGAUGAGCUCACGCUCGCCGACUGUAACCUCUUACCCAAGCUCCAUAUUAUUAAGAUUGUGGCCAAGAGAUACAGAGAUUUUGAAUUUCCUUCUGAAAUGACUGGCAUCUGGAGAUACUUGAACAAUGCUUAUGCUAGGGACGAGUUCACAAACACGUGUCCGGCUGACCAGGAGAUCGAGCAUGCCUAUUCGGACGUUGCGAAAAGAAUGAAGUGAAGCUGGGUGUUUUCCGUCUUCUGUCUCAGUUGUACAAGCGAGGCUAUGAGAAGAUGGUGUUCUUUGCAUUUUCCCCCAGUAACCAUCUUUUGCAAAAUAAUGCCUAUAUUUUAACAAUAUCCAGGAUCCACUCAACACCAAAUCAUACGUGGCCUUGUAAUUUGUUAACUCACUUGUGUAUCUGAGUAAUCUCAGUAUCUGUUGUUAUCCACACCAAUUGCCCAGUUUAUGUUAAUGUACAUCUUUGCCCUUCACUGACAUUGUAACCCAUGAUAUUUAGGGCACGUGUUUUUCAGUUUGUUUCAAAGCAGAUUAAGUUUGGGUUCAAUUCCUCCUUCGAUUUAAAAAAUUUGUCUGUCUCUGAUAGUUUUCAUAAUCAUGCAUAGCCUGUUUUUCUCCUGUAAAAUAGUAGUUUAAUUUUUUUUUAGAAUGAAAAUACUGUUUCUGUAAUUACAAAAUGACAUAUGCCUAUUUUAAAACAAUGUCAGAGAGUAUAAAGAAGAGAGAAAAAAAUCACCGGAAGUGUCACUACACUUAGAUAACUACUGGUGACUUAUUGGUGAGCAUCUUCCCCGGCUUCAGUCUCUCUCUCACACACAGACCUUCACAGCACACACAGUCUCAUUCAUGUGUGGUCUUGUGUCGCUUUAUUGUAGAGGGCUGAGAGGGAACCUCUUGGGAAUGCCUUGAUGAUCAUCCAUAGAGAACACAAAACAAAGAGAUUCCGCACUGCAGAGCUAGAGAGGAUGCUUGUGAUCAGGUUUCACAGGGGUGAGAACUGUAGAGUCCACAGACCCACAGGGACCGGCAGGGACCAGGAGCCAUGGAGGGUCCCCACUCUGCCUUGUCACUGCCUCCAUAAUGCACUGCCUCUUGUUCCUGGGAAGGCAACGGGGGAGAGUGCCUGUCUGCAUCUUUUGUUCCAGCUCCCUUUCCGAUGCCUUCUCUUGCUCCAGUCCCUCUCACGGAGACCAUGCUUUCAGCAGGACUCUUAAAAUCAGCUGCAAGUUGGAGAAUCUUCCUGCCCGGUGUUGAAAUGUGAAUCAAGCACACCUUGAUUCCUUCUAAUGACCGCUCUCUCUAAGACCUAACACAGUACUUCUCCAGGAUGAUGGCGUGUGGGGCUAGCCUGGCUCUGUUGCUUUUCUGCUCUUUAUUAUCUCAUUUCGAGGUUAGGCAGGGAAAAUCCAAGGAGUUUAAGUUCGUGGUGACUACCCUCGGGCAGUUCUGGUAAGUGGUCAAACUGGGGAAGAAGUGGAAACUGUUGACUCAAAAGGGUUUUCUGGUUUGUCUGUGGCUUCCCCUCCACCAUCUUUGUAGCCAGCGUCUCAUCAACAGCUGUGUGUGUGGGCUGGGUUGCUGGGCUCCAACUCAAGGCAUGGAAGACAAAAUGGGAGGCUGUUUAGAUACUCAUCAAGACCUCACAGGGGUUGAGCAUUAUCUGCCAGGCUGUGUUCCUUUGACAUUUACGCACAUCUUACAGAAAACCCUCUUGUUGAGUUGGUUGUAGCGUGCAGUUGAUGCUAAAAUGCUCAUUAAAAAAAAAAGUAUACAUCUGCUCUAUGUCAAUUCAUUUGGAAGAGAGUAAAAUUCAUUAACAGUAACUGCUCUGGGAUUUAGUGGAAAAUGUCUAAUAAGAGAAACAAAGUCCUUGAUACUAUGGUCACUUUCUGUCCCUGUUACUGGCUGCUACAGAUUUAUCUGAGCGUGAGAGACUCCAGCAGUCUGCUUUCUUUUUUAGCCAUACAGUUUUGGAGGUUGUGUCUAGUAUGUGUCACUAUUGUUCAUGUUUCACAUCUGUUUAGGAGUGAAACAAGAUUUACAAUGUUGCACUUAAACUUGGUAAAUGAAGAGACCACCAUUUGUUACUAGUGCAAACUUUGUAUUCUUAGAUGUUAAAAUGAUUUACAUUAACUCCAUGUGCCUUAAAAAUUGAACAAAUUAUAAAAAUGUUUACAUGGAA